UUUUCAGAGAAGCAUUGGCUACCAAAAUUAAUUUAACUGAAGCUCGCGUUCAAGUAUGGUUUCAAAAUCGUCGUGCAAAAUGUCGAAAGACUGCACGAAGCUUUGAUCGUAACAACUCUUACUUGCUUACUGGACAACCAUUCAAUUCUAAUAAUGCUUCAACUUCUGCUGCAACAUUAAAUUCAGUUGCUGCUGCUUUGAAUCCUCAUCAGUUAUUUUUAGCAAUGGCUGCUGCUUCAACAAAUAAUAAUCUACUUACACCAACUAGUAUAGAACAACAAUUUCAAUUUUUAAAUAAUAAUAGCAAUAAUAAUGAUAAUUGUUUGGCUGCAGCUUCAAUGUUAGCUUCACUUAAUGCUGCUGCUUCAACAACAAAUAAUAAUAAUUGUGAAGCAAAUAAUGAAGCAAAAUUAAAUAAUGCUUCAAUUAUGCCUUUAUUAUCAUCAUCUUCCCCAGCAGAUAUUUGUAAAACAACAACAACCUCUCCUCCAUUAAUAAAACGUUCUGCUAGUGGCGGUUCUUCUUCUGCAGCACAUUCCCCUCCUUUAAAUAAUAGAAAAACAAAAUCAAAUAUUAGCAGCAGUGGUGGAGAUGUUGAAGCAUUUUUGGCAAAACAACAUUUUAAUUUCUCUGAUAUUGCUUCACUUGCAACAAAUCAACAACAACAAUUAUUACAAUCUACUUCUGCUGCACUUAUUAAAGCUGAAGAAGAAAGUAGUAAUGAUGCUGCCAAUACUGUUGCUUCAUCUUCUGUUUUUCAACAAUUAUUUCCUCCAUUUAUUGUCAACGGUAAAAAUAAAACUUGA